AAUCCUUCAAUAACAGCAAGACGUCAGGGAUGCCGAUUAAGGGAUCAGAUACGAAAACCAACGGAUCAUCGGCGGAGGGCAGCACAGCGCCUUUGCUGCGGCUGGUCUGUCGCAAAUUAAUCAGAAGAAGAAGAAGAAAGAAGACGGCGAAGAAGAACAAAAAAAAACAAGGAAGAACAGGUUCGACAAAAUGGCAGACGGUACGGGAGAAACUAAAGGAGGCGAAGACAAAAGUCUGGGUCUCAAGAAGCGGAGGAGUUUCCACAUUGACCACGAGGACACAAAGGAGAACGUGCUGGCGGAUUUUAGCUUAUCGUCUGUCCUGAACUAUUCUGUGCGGGACAAGCGCAUCUUCAUCCACGGCAAGCUGGAUGGUCAGGAGGCGGUGGUCAUUCUGGAGAAGACUCCCAUCGGAGAAGAUAUCUUGGAAGAGAUGUUUCGAGGUUCUAAGCUAGAAGCGGAGAUGAGCAAUGACAUCUACAGCACUUAUAAGCUCCAGCCUCCCGCUCAUCUUAAUGAGAUUAAGACCACAGUGGUGUGCCCGGCCACAGAGAAGCAUGUGAAGAAAUACCAGCGGCAGGAGAGGCAUUUGGUGAAGGAGACGGGAGAGAGCUAUUCCUCCAUCACGCUGCCUUACAUUGAGCAGCAGAGCUUCAGCCUGCAGUGGGUGUACAACAUCCUGGAGAAGAAGGCAGAGGCGGACCGGAUUCUUUUUGAAGAUCUUGACCAGGAGGUUGGCUUUGUCCUCCUACCAGAUUUCAAAUGGGACCAGAAACAGCUCGAUGACUUGUUCCUGCUUGCCUUAGUUCGUCAGAGGAAAAUCAAGAGUCUUCGAGACCUGAACGCAGACCAUUUGCCACUGCUUCGGAACAUCUACGAAAAGGGAACGGAAGUCAUCAUGCGCCACUAUGGCCUGCCAGCCAGUAAACUGAGAAUCUAUUUCCACUACCAGCCGUCCUACUACCAUCUCCACAUCCAUUUCAACGCGUUGAACUAUGAGGUACCCGGCUCCAGUGUCGAGCGGGCCCACCUCCUCUUAGAUGUCAUCGAGAACCUUGUCUCGGACCCCCAGUACUACAAAACCAGAACCCUCUACUUUCCUAUCAGUGAAGAUGACGGGCUGCUCAACAGGUUCAAGGAGGCGAGGAAGUUGUAGUCCCUCAUCGCUAUCAACUGUGUUUUGUAAUCAACGGAUGACACCUUUUAUUUUUUCAAGCUUAAUAUCCUUCAGUCAUUCAUUCAUCAUUAGCUGCUUCUCCGGGGUCGGGUAGCGGUGGCAGCAAGCUAAGUAGGGCCCUCCAGACCUCCCUCUCCCCAGCAACGCCCUCCAGCUCCUCCUGGGGGAUCCCAAGGCGUUCCCAGGCCAGAUUGGACAUGUAGUCCCUCCAGCCAGUUCUGGGUCUACCCCGGGAUCUCCUCCCAGUUGGACGUGCCAGGUAAAGCUCCAAAGGAAGGCGCCCAGCAGGCAUCCUGAUCAGAUGCCCGAACCCCCUGAACUGGCCCCUAUCGACGCGAAGGAGCAGCGGCUCUACUCCAAGCUCCCUCCGGCUUGAUAUCAUGUGAACAUGUUUGUCAAGCCAGUUUGAUAUAUGUAUACGUCAA